UUCUCCUAUGCAAUGGAGCAACCUACACCAUGCAACGCCUCCGCCGCCGCCGUGACAGAUAAAGGCCGCACGCGCCACCCUGUCUACCGCGGCGUGCGGAAGCGCCGCUGGGGGAAAUGGGUCUCCGAAAUUCGAGAACCCAAAAAAAAGACGAGAAUAUGGCUUGGCUCUUUCCCCGCGCCGGAAAUGGCGGCGAGGGCAUACGACGUCGCCGCCUAUUGUUUGAAGGGCCACAAAGCGCAGCUCAAUUUCCCGGAAAGCAUCCAUCUUCUGCCGAGCCCCUCCUCCUCCGCCGCUAGAGAUAUACAGGCCGCUGCGGCUCUGGCGGCCAAUAUUGUCGCGGAGAAAGUCGGCUCUGCCGAGGACGAUUUUUGGGCGGAGAUAGAGCUGCCGGAGUUGAUGAGUGAUCAUGAAUAUUCAUCGCCGGAGGUAUGGCGUUGGAGUUCUAAUUCUGGAGACUUGAACUUCUAUGGUGAUGCCAUGUCUAUGGAUAGUCAUGAUUGGAUUACUUAAUUAAUUAUCUUAAUUUUGUUUUAGGAGUA